AAUGUUAACCAUUCGAGGCUAUUUUAGUAUUGAUCUCUAAAAUAAUGUCCACAUUCUUAACUUCGCACUCUCUUUACGUAGCUUUGAUGCUCAUCAUCCUCAUUCAGCAAAGAGCAGUUAGACUGGCUCCGCCCGUAACUGCAUAGCAACAUCUGCAAAUAAAUAUAUAUAAUACGUUUAAUAUAGAUACAGCUCUCUGCACUGCACUUGUAUGUAACCAUCGAAUAGUAAUCAGUAAAAAAUAAUGGGCUUGUGCUUUUCUCGUGAUAAUGAAUCGGCGGCGAAGCAAAGACAAUCGAAACGAGUGGCGGCGGCGGGUGUUGGGAGCAAUCGGUGGACGAGGAUUCGGUCGUCGAAGAGAGAUGAGAAUCGAAUUCACGAGCAAGCGUUGGCUGCGGCAAUUCUUUUCCAGCAGCAGAUGCAGAACGACGGCGCAGCAUCGUUUGAUCGGUCCACUUCUUUGAGGUAUCCGAGUGGAAACUCGAAAAGGAAUCAGACUUUUCGUCGGAGCUCGAGUUCCAGAGCUCGGUCUCUCACUGAUCCUUUGCUUCAAGCACACCAGCUUGUUACGCAGGGUAUCAAGGCUGAUAAUCCAGAGACCAACCAUUUUGUCCUCGUUCAUGGUGGUGGUUUUGGUGCCUGGUGCUGGUAUAAAAGUAUUGCAUUACUGGAAGAAGAUGGAUAUAAAGUAACUGCAAUAGAUUUGACUGGUUCUGGGAUUCAUUCAUUUGACACAAAUAGCGUCAAAAGUCUCCAUCAAUAUGUGAAGCCACUUAUUGAUUUUUUUGAAGAGCUUGCUGAUGGGGAGAAGGUGAUUUUAGUAGGACAUGAUUUUGGUGGGGCGUGCAUAUCAUAUGUAAUGGAGUUGUUUCACUCCAAAGUUUCAAAAGCUGUUUUUACUGCUGCAGCUAUGUUGGUUAGCGGGCAAAGUACCCUUGAUCUGUUCUCCGAAAAGGUGGAUUCAAAUGAUCUGAUGCGACAGGCUCAGGCAUUCAUAUAUGCUAAUGGGAACAAUCAGCCUCCAACUGCUAUUGAUUUCGAUAGAGCUGUAAUAAAGGAGUUACUAUUCAACCAGAGUCCUGCCAAGGACGUUGCGUUGGCAUCAGUCUCAAUGAGGUCGAUCCCUUUUUCACCAGUUCUUGAGAAGCUCUCUCUUUCUGACACGAAGUAUGGCUCUGUGAGGCGGUUUUAUAUUGAAACUCAAGAAGAUAAUGCCAUACCAAUCGCUUUACAGGAAAGCAUGAUAAACAAAAGUCCCCCAGAGAGACUAUUCUGUCUUAAAGGCGCGGAUCACUCGCCAUUUUUCUCAAAGCCUCAAGCGCUACAUAAACUGUUUGUAGAGAUCUCGAAUAUCCCAUGAGCUUACAUAUUUCCUUGGGCUAUUAGUUUUUCAUAAGUCCAUCUUUCAGUGGCCACUGACAUGCUUCAUGCUUCAAGCACCUCAUAUGCUACCACACAUCCUGAUGAGGCCUACCCCAAAUCAGAGAUGUUGCUCGUAGUUUUCAUAGAUUUGGGCUGACACACGAGUGAUAAAUAGCUUAUUGACGUUUAAGAAUCUAUUUUGGUUCUAUUGAACUCGUAGAAUGUUAAUUUAUACAUUUCUGUUUUACUAGCCAUGGAAUAAAUGCCAUUUCUUGUCAAAGUUUGGAUAAAUUCGCCAGGUCAUCAAGAUUAUCAUA